GCGGUUUAUGUUUAUAUCUACUUGGUUUCUAGCAAGUUUCGACCACUACCAAGCCUCGCAUCAUCGCGGUACCUCGAACACAGAGAACACAACGGUCUGUCGAUCACAAUGGAGAAAGUGAACCAAAUUGUGCGCGAUGCUCUGGAAGACCAUAAGUCGAUCCGCAUCCUUGGCGAAUUACCUACCGAAAAGUUGAAUUGCGAGGAUUAUCUGGCUUCGACUCGUGAGACUAUCAGCAGCUUCGUCUCUUCCUGGGACAAGAAAGCCAACUUGCAGCUACUUGCCGUGGAAGUUUGGUCGCGACGGACCUAUUUCGCCCUCGACUUUAACAAUGACAAGUACGACUAUGACAAUGCCCAUAUUGAGGAAAUUGUCCUACCUGUGUAUCUGCUACGUCUAUCUCGAAGAAGUGGUUCCUGGACAGUAUUUCGACACAAACCCGAGGACUCCAGGCUGGCCAAGAGACUUGCAGCAUUACACCUAGGCAAUGGGCAAAAGCCGAUCCCUUUCCUUGAAGAUCACAUCAAAGGAGUGGUACACGAUAAGCCUCGGAAUCUUAAAGCCCCAGAUGGGCCCCUAGAAUAA